AUGAAUCACGACAACCUUUAUGGGUAUGUCCCGUCCCUGGCAGCUGGCAUCCUCUUUAUCAUCCUUUUCGCCGCCACGACUAUCUACCAUGGCGUUCAGCUCAGCAAGGCCCGGUGCUGGUACUUCAUUCCCUUCGUGAUUGGCGGAAUUUUUCAAAUCAUCGGCUAUAUCUGCCGCGUUAUCGCCCGCAACAAUCUCUCCUCGGUACCCAUCUACGCCCUCCAAUCCGUCCUGAUCCUUCUCGCGCCACCGCUCUAUGCUGCCUCCGUCUACAUGGUCCUCGGCCGGACAGUCACCUACUUGGCCGCCGAGCCGCUCAGUCUCGUCCCCGUGCGCUGGAUGACCAAGAUUUUCGUCGCCGGUGACGUCUUCUCGUUCUUCCUGCAGUCCGCCGGUGGCGGCCUCAUGGCAUCCAGCAAGACCAGCACGCGGAACUUGGGCUCCAACGUCGUCAUCGGUGGCCUGGUCGUACAGCUUCUGUUCUUCGGCUUCUUCGUCGUCGUCGCGGCCAUCUUCCAUGCCCGCAUUGCGCGCGGGCCAACGCCCAAGGCGCAGAUGGAUCGCGAUGCCACACGCCACCUAGGCUGGCGACGGCGGAAUUGGGAGACCGUGCUGUUGGGGUUGUAUAUGGUGAGCGCACUGAUUCUGAUCCGGUCGAUCUUUCGGUUGGUCGAGUAUAAAUAUGGGUUUGAUGGGUAUAUCAUGACACAUGAGGCGUUCAUGUAUGUUUUCGAUGCGAUGUUGAUGUUCUUCGCCAUGGUGAUCAUGAAUCUGUAUCACCCGGCGGAGAUUCUGGGAGACGGCAAGGGUGGGAAUUUGGAGCUUUCGGAGUAUUCUGAGGCGGUUCGUUUGUAG